AGGUAACCUUAAAAUGCACUUUAAAAGGUGGUUAGUCCAAAAUGAAAUCAGGAAGUUAAAGGCUGUGGCUACACCAGGGUCAGACCUGUAAUCAAAAUGGUACAGCUGUCAAAACCGAUAUCUGCAGAGUUCACAGUCUCAAAAGAAUAGCAGAGGCACACCUGUAAUUUUGCAUAAAUGCUCUAACUAGAGCUGUGGUGCUGUGUAUUGAAAGCUGGGUGAGAACUGGGGUUAUAUCGUAACAUGAGGCAGCACAAAUAAGCAGGUGCUUGCAAAUCUAAUCACAACGCUGAGAAACACCCAUUUCUUUCAUUGAGCCAAAUUCCUGAUGUAUUCGCAAUACUCUUUGUCAUGUGGACAACUUGGAUGGAACUUUUGAUUCUGUGAUCUUUGGACCUGUUGUAAAUACCAGAUGGUGUCCUGUGGUAACAGUGAGUCUUGAUGACAGCAGAACUUUACCUUGCUCAUAUUGUGAUCCAGUAUAAGGCUGAAGCAUGGACAGAAUCACGAAGGAGUUGCUCAACAAAUGAAAUUCUCUUCCAGAGUUUCUGCUUUGCUGGCAGGAUUGUUAUUGCAAGUCAGAGCUUAUGUGGGUGAGACCUGAAGAUCCCAGGGGAAGCUUUGUGGUGAAAGGAGGGGUAAUAAAAGCCUUUCACUCAAGAGAUUAAUGCUUGGAAAUACUUGCUUUGCAUAAGUAGCUCAGCUGAUACGUUGUAUUUGGGAAAUAUUCACAGAGGACCAUACUGUUCUAGCUACUAUGUUAUGUAUCACAGCCGCUAGGAGGACACGUUCCUUGCAUGGACCAUGCCCAGUGACCACGUUUGGACCAAAGGCCUGUAUGCUGCAAAAUCCUAAAACGAUUAUGCACAUUCAGGAUCCAGCAAGCCAGCGGUUGACAUGGAACAAACCUCCCAAGAGUGUCCUUGUUAUUAAAAAGAUACGUGAUGCCAGUCUGCUGCAGCCUUUUAAAGAGCUCUGUGUGUAUCUUACUGAGGAGAACAACAUGAUAGUGUAUGUAGAAAAAAAAGUAUUGGAAGACCCUGCUAUAGCUAAUGAUGAUAAUUUUGGACCAGUGAAGAAGAAAUUUUGUACUUUUCGAGAAGAUUAUGAUGAUAUCUCCAAUCAAAUAGACUUUAUCAUAUGCCUGGGGGGAGAUGGGACCUUGCUUUAUGCUUCUUCGCUCUUCCAGGGUAGUGUACCUCCAGUUAUGGCUUUUCAUCUGGGAUCCCUUGGAUUUCUUACUCCAUUUAAUUUUGAGAAUUUUCAGUCCCAAGUCACUCAGGUUAUAGAAGGCAAUGCAGCACUUGUUCUGCGAAGCAGGCUGAAAGUGAAAGUGGUGAAAGAGCACAGGGAAAAGCUGACGGUACAAAAUGGGAUAGAAGAAAAUGGAGUAGUGCCUACGAAUAUAGAGAAAGAAGUGGGCAAGCAAAUUAUGCAAUAUCAGGUCCUAAAUGAAGUUGUGGUGGAUCGUGGUCCUUCUUCUUACCUUUCCAAUGUAGAUGUCUUUCUAGAUGGACACCUGAUAACAACAGUGCAAGGAGAUGGAGUCAUUGUCUCCACACCAACUGGUAGCACUGCAUAUGCAGCUGCUGCAGGAGCUUCUAUGAUUCAUCCAAAUGUUCCUGCAAUAAUGAUCACCCCAAUCUGCCCUCACUCAUUGUCUUUCAGACCUAUUGUUGUUCCUGCUGGAGUGGAACUCAAGAUUAUGCUCUCCCCCGAUGCCAGGAAUACAGCAUGGGUUUCAUUUGAUGGAAGGAAGAGGCAGGAAAUAUGCCAUGGAGACAGUAUUAGCAUCACUACCUCUUGCUAUCCCCUUCCUUCGAUCUGUUUCCGAGAUCCUGUGAGCGACUGGUUUGAAAGCUUGGCUGAGUGUUUACACUGGAAUGUUCGGAAGAAGCAAAAUAACUUUGCUGUUGAAGAAGAAGAAUUUUGAGUGUCUACAUCUAAUGACUCAUGGGAAUGGAAAGAGGCAGUAUCCCUUCUACACGCUUGAUUUGUUUUGUUUUAUAAGCUUUUGCUAACAGGUGUGGUUGCCAUCUCAGACAUAUAUAUAAUGAUAUACUUUAUAUCAGUCUGAUCUGCUGGUGGUUGGAAAUUAUUUUGCUACUUCCUAUCCAACAGGAAUAUUGUGGAAGAAGUGAGGUUAUGAUUGUUGUAAUCCAGUCUGAAUUUUCUUUAAAUGAGCAGUUGGAAAGUGGGUUAUUUCUGAUUGGUAUCGACUGCAUCUGUAGAUUUGAUUGUAACAUAUAACUUACCACUAAUGUGGCAGGCUGUAUGUAGAUACGUAACAGAAAAGUGGCAGUAGGAAAGAGGCAUUAAAAUAGUCUGUUUACUGUGGUAUGUAUAUGAUUCCAUUUGUUAAGACUUACGUGCACAUGAAGGCUCUACAGAAACUGGCUUUAAGGAAGUGCUUUCCUUUUUCAUCUAGCUUAAAUAGAACUUGCUCAGAACACCUCUCCAUCAAAACAGUGCUUAACAGACUUUCUUGCAAGUUUGCAAGUGUGACAAAAACUGUGACUAAGGAACACCUAUAAGGAAUGUUUUUAUUAAUAGACAAAACUAGAAAAAAAAUAGUUUAUAUAAGAUAGAUAUCUAUCUUGUGUCCAAGAAAAAAUGCUUUUUGAGUAGGUGGAACUAGGGAAAAGAACUCCACACAUUUAUAUAUAUAUAUAAAUAAUACAUGUGCAAACACAUGCAUACGCACAGUGACCAUUUGUCUGAACAGUGCUUGACCCUUUGCUGUCAUCACUGUGUAAAUACCCACCAACGAACAGCAUGGACAAGCAUUUAGCUUGGGCUGAGUUGGUGAUUUCAGUCAUCUUCACUUUUCUUGCUGAGCUUGUUUCCAGCUCUGCGGUUCCUGUUGUUGGGAAACAGUAGCGUGCUUAUUUUUGUUUGAUGCUCUGGAACAAAUGGUGACAUUAGGGACUGUAUAAUAAUAGUGCUAAAAAAUAAAGUAAUAAUGAAAAAAGCUCCAGAUAUUCAAGAGGAAUCUGGAAUACUGUAUUGCCUAGUGCCACUAUUGUCUCAAAGACAACAGUGUCCUGUACAAGGCCCUGAGCGCCCUCGAAUUCCACAGGUAUUUUCCGGCGCUGGGUACUGAGUAAUACAGUAAGGGAUACUGCAUCGAUGGGCUGAUAAAUGAGGGGACACAUUCCCAGCAGAGUAACAAUGGUGCCUUCAGCACACUCAAGAUAUUCUAAGUCUCGUAUGUACUUUUUUAAGAUGCUUUCAAAUGUUUCUAACUUCUCUAUGUACAUAUUUUAUUGUAUGUGCUUUUAUGAAAAAGAACAACAACCACCUGGUUUGGGAAGAAAAAAAAUAGAAAGGGUUUGUACUGUAAUUAAACUGAAAAAAAUCAAACCCACGUAUAAUGUUUACAUUUAUGUUCUCUGUGGUGCGGUCUCAUGGUCAUAAGAUCCAAACUUCAGCAUUUUUGCUUUGUUGCUGCAUUGGCCAUUAAAGGAACGGACAUUAUCAGUUGAAUUUAAGCCUAUGUAUUGUAAAAGAGGUAAUUUCUUACUGAAUAAGAUGGGAUUUCCUUGAAAGUGGAGCGAGAAGCAAUGAUCACUUUUCAUGAUUGUCUUAUGUUGUACAUGUGGUCCAAAGUAGUAGUGGGAAAUGUAUUCAUUCCCAAACUCUGCCUAACGUGCUGUGCUCUGAUGGAUGGUUUAAAUCAUGUCUGUCAUGUUUUGGAUGCUGCCCUGGUCUGUCUAAUUUUAUUAAUCAAGAUGAGAGCACUUUUCCAUAGAAGAGGAGCAAACUCUAAUGAGAAAAAUCAUAAUGAAACGGUGUUAAUAUAAAUUCAGUUUGUAAAUUUUGUAGAAUAGAAUAUUGGUUUGCUUUGGUCUAAACAGAAAACAUUUGUGAUAACUUGGAGAAUGUCAAGAUUAGUUUCUGAGAUUUAUCUUUCACUUGAAUCUGCAGUAAUUGUUUUAUCACUGUUUUGAUGCUGCUUACGGGUUUUCUAGGUGGGGUAUUCAGUUAUUAAAUAGCUGAUUACUUUUUGAGCUGUAGAUUCAUCACACUUUUUGCUUUGAAACUAUUAUUUAAUCAUGCAAUAACUGAGAGGAGGAACAGGGUAUAUUGGCUAUGAAAAUGUAUUGUUUGAUGAAAAAUGAGCAGAAUACCCCAGGCAUAUGAGGAAGGUGGAAAUCAUUUUGUAAAGGUGAGGUAAAAUUAAUGAGCCUUAUCUACCUAAUUUUUUUGUAAAGAUAAAUCUAUAUUCAGCACUUUUUAUUUAUGCUUUUAUAAUAGUAAAGCUUUCACUGAUUAAUUUGCAGAGUGCACGUUCAUGAAAUGUAAGCAAAACUUACCUAACUGCUUUCUCUAAAUUAGAUCUGCUGGAGUUGUCCUUAAAUUUAUCACGUACUGCAAUUGAAUUACUGGCUUUGAGGCUUCUGCAGUUUUGCUUAUACAACUUUUCCUGCUUGGUAACAGUAUUGCUUGGAUCACUGCUCAGCCUAGUAAAGCUACAGUCACUGGCCACAGGAAAGUAAGUCAUACAAUGGUUUUAGUCUUUUGCUCUUCAGGAAAGCACCUUUGAUUAUAGUUAUGCUGGCUUCAUAUAAAAAGACAAAGAAAUUGUGUUAAUAUGUUACAAGUUACCUAACUGUACAAAGUCCCUUUUCAAGGCCUUUAAUCUGCAAACCAGCCAUUUGCAAGCAGGCUAGUAAAGUUUGAUCAGCACUCAAGGAUUUUGCAUUAUUUAACUGCUUCAAGUGUGGGUAUUGUGUUCUAACUACAUCUGAACGUGAUAAAAGCUCUAAUGCAGACUUGGUAAUAUUGGCAAUAAGAGUAGCUUACUGAACUUGUUUAAACUGUGCUAGUAAAAUGAGAGUUUUCCUGAUUAUGAAUGGUAUUUCUCAUAUAAGGGUUGGAAAUAUCACUGUACCUGCAAACCCUUUCCAGACUACAAAGGGCCAAAAUGGAAGCUUUGAAAUUGAUGUGUUUAAAAACAACAACAGAACAAAGUCACUCUCUAUUAGACUUCAAGAAGCUAUUAAAAACUGAUGUAGUACGGUAUAAAGCAGAGUGUACUUAAUUUUUAAGAGGAAAAAUUCUGUUACAUAUUGUUAAUGCUUUGAAACUUGUUUUAAAUAUUGCUGAAAACAAAUAUUUUUCAAUCCUUUCAAUAAAACCUUUUUGUAAAGUUGAA